AGGUGUCUUAGUUACUUUUCUUGUUGCUAAAACAAAUACUGGACAACCAAUGUUAAAGGGGGGGCAGGUUUAUUUAGCUGACAGUUUGUAGAGGUUUCAGUUCCUGUCAGCUGGCUCCAAGGCAGGGGGGCGUGGCAGUGGGGUGUGGCAGAAGACAAGCAGCAGCAAUAAACAACACCACCACAGCUCUUUCUGCGUCUUGUACCUCACCCAGGCUGCCUGUCUUUAGGGAGUGUAGCAUUCACACCCUUAAUCCCAGCAUCAAACUGUGAAUCAAUCCUAAAAUCACUUCCUUGAUCCCAGCAGCACAAACCCUAGAUUCAGCUGCCUCUGAAGAAUCUCAACUGUGAUCCCAUGAGGCUUGGCAGGGGGUGCAAUCUAGAUGCAAGCUGUAACAAGAAAGGUUUUCUCCUUGUCUUUGGUUGCUUGAUUUUGUCAGUGUUUUCUACCAUCCCUGAGCAUACAAAAUUGGCCUCAAGUUGCCUCUUAAUUCUGGAGUUCGUGAUGAUUGUCGUCUUUGGUCUGGAGUUCAUCGUUCGAAUCUGGUCAGCAGGUUGCUGCUGUCGGUAUAGAGGAUGGCAAGGAAGACUGAGGUUCGCCCGAAAGCCCUUCUGUGUUAUAGAUACCAUUGUUCUUAUCGCGUCAAUCGCAGUAGUUUCUGCAAAAACUCAGGGUAACAUUUUUGCCACGUCCGCGCUCAGAAGUCUUCGUUUCCUACAGAUCCUACGCAUGGUGCGCAUGGACCGAAGGGGCGGCACUUGGAAAUUACUAGGAUCUGUGGUUUAUGCUCACAGCAAGGAGUUAAUCACAGCUUGGUACAUAGGAUUUUUGGUUCUUAUAUUUUCAUCUUUCCUUGUCUAUUUGGUGGAAAAGGAUGCCAAUAAAGAGUUUUCUACAUACGCAGAUGCUCUCUGGUGGGGCACAAUCACAUUGACGACUAUUGGCUAUGGAGACAAAACUCCCCUGACUUGGCUGGGAAGGUUGCUGUCUGCAGGCUUUGCACUCCUGGGCAUUUCUUUCUUUGCACUCCCUGCUGGCAUUCUUGGCUCAGGUUUUGCACUAAAAGUACAGGAACAACACCGCCAGAAACACUUCGAGAAGAGAAGAAACCCAGCUGCCAACCUCAUUCAGUGCGUUUGGCGCAGUUAUGCAGCAGAUGAGAAAUCUGUUUCCAUUGCAACCUGGAAGCCGCACUUGAAGGCUUUGCACACCUGCAGCCCCACCAAGAAAGAACAAGGGGAGACAGCAAGCAGUAAGCUCUGCGGUAAUAAGCAGAAGCUCUUCCGAAUGUACACCUCCCGGAAGCAGAGUCAGAAGCUAAGUUUUAAGGAGCGGGUGCGCAUGGCCAGCCCGAGGGGCCAGAGUAUUAAGAGCAGACAAGCCUCCGUAGGUGACAGGAGGUCCCCAAGCACAGACAUCACGGCUGAAGGCAGCCCCACCAAAGUGCAGAAGAGCUGGAGCUUCAACGACCGCACCCGCUUCCGGCCCUCCCUGCGCCUCAAAAGUUCUCAGCCUAAGCCAGUGAUCGACGCUGACACAGCGCUUGGCACUGACGAUGUGUACGACGAGAAAGGAUGCCAGUGUGAUGUAUCCGUGGAAGAUCUCACCCCACCCCUUAAAACUGUCAUCCGAGCCAUCAGAAUUAUGAAAUUUCAUGUUGCAAAACGAAAGUUUAAGGAAACAUUGCGCCCAUAUGAUGUAAAAGAUGUCAUUGAACAAUAUUCUGCUGGUCAUCUGGACAUGCUGUGUAGAAUUAAAAGCCUUCAAACUCGCGUUGACCAAAUUCUUGGAAAGGGGCAAAUCACAUCAGAUAAGAAGAGCCGGGAGAAAAUCACAGCAGAACAGGAAGCCACAGAUGAUCUCAGCAUGCUUGGCCGGGUAGUCAAGGUUGAAAAACAGGUCCAGUCCAUCGAGUCCAAGCUGGACUGCCUCCUGGACAUCUACCAGCAGGUCCUCCGCAAGGGCUCCGCCUCUGCUCUCACUCUGGCUUCGUUCCAGAUCCCGCCUUUUGAAUGUGAACAGACAUCCGACUAUCAAAGCCCCGUGGAUAGCAAGGACCUGUCCAGCUCCGCCCAGAACAGUGGCUGCUUGACCCGAUCAGCCAGUGCCAACAUCUCACGGGGGCUGCAGUUCAUCCUGACGCCAAACGAGUUCAGUGCUCAGACUUUCUAUGCGCUCAGCCCUACUAUGCACAGCCCAGUGACACAGGUGCCAAUGAGCCAGAGCGAUGGCUCUGCAGUGGCGGCCAGCAACAUUGCAAACCAAAUAACCACGGCGCCCAAGCCGGCCGCCCCAACAACUUUACAGAUCCCACCUCCUCUCCCGGCCAUCAAGCAUCUGCCGAGGCCGGAGACUUUGCACCCAAACCCCACCGGCUUACAGGAAAGCAUUUCUGAUGCCACCACCUGCCUUGUUUCCUCCAAGGAAAACAUUCAGGUUGCGCAGUCCAACUUGACCAAGGACCGUUCUCUGAGGAAAAGCUUCGACACGGGAGGAGAAACUCUGCUGUCCGUCCUCCCCACCGUGUCCAAGGACCUGGGCAAAUGUCUGUCUGUACAAAACCUGAUCAGGUCGACGGAGGAACUGAAUUUACAGCUUUCAGGGAGUGAGUCAAGUGGCUCCAGAGGCAGCCAAGAUUUUUACCCCAAAUGGAGGGAAUCCAAAUUGUUCAUAACAGAUGAAGAGGUGUGUGCAGAAGAGACAGAGACAGACACUUUUGACGGCACACCGCAGCCCGCCAAGGAAGCUGCUUUCGCAACGGACUCUCUUAGGACUGGAAGAUCGCGGUCAUCUCAGAGCAUUUGUAAGGCAGGAGAAAGUUCAGAUGCCCUCAGCUUGCCCCAUGUCAAACUGAAAUAAGCGCUUCGUUUUCUUUCUAAACAUAGUGGUUCCUUUAGCCAUACAUAUCAUUGCAUGAACUAUUUUGAAAGCCCUUCUAAAAAGUUGAAGUUGCAAGAAUCAGGGAGAACGUGAAAGGCAGUUUAUAAGCCCGUUAUCUUUUAAUUGCAUGAAAAUGCAUGUUUAGGGGUGGCUGAAAUUUCAAGGUGCAUCAACAUUAACACUUAGUAAUGUACCUUGAGUUUAAAAUUCUGAGAUACCAAGCACUGCUAAUGCUACAGGGAGUGUGAAAAUGUCAAGAUUAGAUUGCUUAGAAGAUUGGACAGUAUAUCUUGAAAUAUGGGAGUAAACACCUUUAAAUUUCAGACAUUUCUGCUUUGUGAUUAAAAACAAAAUACAUCUUCAAAAUGGGGUCAUAAUGUAUACUUAAACAUAAUGACUAUCAACAGCUGCUCACAAUGUAUCAAGUAAACCACAAUUUGGGAAUAAUAGAAAUGGCUGCUUUUUUCGAGAUAUUUUUUUGCCAACCCAUUCCCACUCAAGUCAUUUUACUAUCCAUGUCGUUUGAAUGUCGCGUUGUGUGCUCUUGGUGAUAUAACACUGCGGCCAGCAAUUUUGCACAUCAUUUUCAUGUUGUCCUUUAUGGCAAGAAUGUCUCUCAAUUAGAAAAUGUGCAAAUGAUGGGAUUCAGGGCCAGGAAGGUACACAGGCUCACCCUCUGACAUAUUUGACUCUGUGGAAAUAUAUUCCCUAGUGGCACAGUCAGGUCUGAAAAUGGGCAACUUGUACACGAGCAAUUGAAAAGAGCCAGUGCGACUGGGCUGGUUUCUCUGCAGAAACAUCAGCCUUGGGCUCAUCAUGCUGCUCGUGUGAAGGGCGAGCGUGAGAAGCAGUCCUCUCGGACCUGGCUUUCAGGUCACACUCAAGGGGAUGUUUAAAUGGGACUGAGAGAGAAGCCACUUGGAAAGAAUCCAGACGCAACACCAGGAAGUAAAAGGCAGAGCUCAGAAAACAACUUCCCCCUCAAAGACUGAAGGAGAGGGAGAGAAACAAACCAAAACAAAAGAACUAGAUUUUUUUAGGAAGUGAUACUUGCUAGGGAAUUCAACUACCUAAACAUCCCUUAUUCUUAUAUACAGAUAGAGAUUUUGCAAAGUAUUUAUUUUUUAAUAUGCCCUGAAUGUCUUUUACUGUUAUGUCAUACAUUUUGCAUAUGAAAAGCUAAAGCUAACCUUCCUUUACUUUUUAUACUGUAGUGGACACUUUCUAUUCUCCUCAAGAAAGCUGCGAGUCUGAAAUUACUGGUUUGGUUUCAUAGUAUAAAUGUUGAUAAUUAAAAGCCAAAUGGUACUGGCAAGGUCCGCAAAUCAAAAUACUUACCAUACACAUGGCUGCAAAAAACACCAAGGGAAAAUGAAAAAUAUAUUUCUCCGAAACAAGCAGCAGUGGCUGCUUGUUAGGUGUCAGCCUCACGAUCUCAGACUGUUGGAAUCUGGGCCAAAUCAAUGGCUUGAACAAGGCAAGGAGAGGAGAGGUAGCAUUUCAACCGACUAAACCCCAGCCACAGAAGAACUCAAGAAAAGAAGAGCUUUUUCUGUGGAAAGCAUUAGAGUUGCCACCAGAAAAAUAUCUCCAGCGGCCAGGGAGAAGAAAUAGAUGUACCUGUGGGCUGCUCAAAGGAAAGAGGCCCUGAUAUCUACCAGCCCAACCCAGCUUUCACCCCCACUAGUUGGGCUCAGUCAUUGUUUUGCUUUAGAAUUUCACUAGGCCUUAACCGUCUUCCAUCCCCAAGUAAACCACUUCUCCUCUCUACUUAAAAUGUGCUUCUCAGCCUUCUAAAAUGUUUGUUCCCUUUGCUAAACUGCAAUUUUAAAAGCUUCCUCUUCCUAUCUCCCUUGGACCCUAACACACUCCCCUGGAGUAUAUCGUUCAGGAUUUUCUCGGCUGCUGGAGACACUCCAGUUAAAAAGAGUUUGCUAAGCAUUUAAUUGUAUUCAUUUUCCAAACCCAGAAGGAUAGUCUGUUUUUAAAUACAAUUUUUCAUCUACCCUUGUCUCUACUCAACCUGAAAAUGUGAUACGCCCUCUGAGGACAUUGCUCACAUAAACGCACACGCACGCGCACACUGACCCAAAGCGUGACACCUGGCCCACGCUGGGCAAGUCUCUCCAAAUAUUAGCCAAGAAGGAGGAAGGAGUCAGCACCUUUCGGGUAGCACUGAUUCUAGGAUGUACUCUGUCUUGGGUCAAAGCCCACUGGCAGCAGGAAUUCUGAAUGUAUUGGGGAUCCCCUCUGAGGCCUCAUUAGACCUCAUGCAGUGUAGUUCUUCCAGCAUUGCUGGAGAAUGAAGAUUCAGAAAUACCCACCCCCCGCCGCCGCCACCACCAUUGCUGAGGUCUUAGUCAUAGCAAAAUGUGAUAAGCCAUGUUGUGAAAAACUUGCAUCUAUUGAAGCCAUGACCAUCUUGUCUGCCUCACUCUAGCACAAAAACUCUCCAGUGGUAAAAGAUGGUGAAAAAAACUGUAAGGUUCUGUUUGUGUCACUCUCUAUGGAAAUGAAAAGGGUGUCCCAUUUACACUCAGCAAUUUCCAUUGGUCGAUCCAAAUGGUGUCUUGAAGCACAAUUUAGCUGAGCACUGAGUAGCCACCUGCAUUCUCAGCUCAAGCUGGUCUGAAUCCUUCUACACAUAGGGGAGAAAUGAGUGAGUACUUACUUAAUCACAGAUAUCCCGGGUAUGAGGUUCACUAAACAUUUUGCUAUUCUGAUGUAAUGUUUGCAUUCUGUUCGACUAAAUUAAUAUGUGUGGAGUGCAAGUAAGACAUUUUAUUGCGUUUUUAAAUCUCUAUCUCUUGUUCUAAGGUGCCUUUAUCACCUCCCUAUUCUGCAAGUUCUUAAUCUGAAGUCAAA